CUUCUCUAUUUCGGAUAAGAUGAUUGAUUAGGUAAGACACGCUUGCCAUCCUCUAGGUAUCGUCCUGUCGAACCUACACGAACAAGAUGAGGAAAAAUUCGGCUGUCUACCCUGCGAACAACGGUCAAAAUGGGCAACUUGCUGUGGUUGGGGAAUCGAACUUGGGGUUCUACGGAGGUUCUGGGGAGGUGCAGCUGUCCGCGCGCCCCAGCAGCAACUACCCCACCACGCUGACCGUGUCCCCUCAGGAAGAGCAGCCCCACGAUCCCUGGGCCAUCGCCCCUCUACAGGAGACACAGGACUCUAGUGCAUGGAAACAUUUACCCGUGGGCCGUAAGAUGUUAUCAGUGUGCGUGGUGAUGAUGAAGUUGGUGAUGGUGUUCGGGCUGCUCUACUUCUUCAUCUGCUCGCUGAACUUCUUGUCCACUUCGUUUCGACUCCUUGCUGGCAAAACCACGGGUGCGGUGCUACAGAAUAAGUACAUCAAUAACCCCAUUGUUGGUCUCAUGAUUGGUAUCAUGGUUACGGUGCUGGUGCAGUCAUCGUCCACAUCAACCUCCAUCAUCGUCUCCAUGGUCAACUCCGGAAUCCUGAAGGUCCCCGCCGCGGUGCCCAUGAUCAUGGGGUCCAACGUGGGUACCUCCGUCACCAACACCAUCGUCUCCCUCACCCAGAUGGGCGACAGAGACGUGUUCCGUCGGGCGUUCGCGGGUGCCACGGUGCACGACAUGUUCAACUGGCUGGCCGUGCUCGUGCUGCUCACUGUCGAGAUCAUCUCUGGUAAAUUACGAUGUCUUUGUACUGGCCUCGUGACGAAUGACUGGUCCAAGAUAGCUGGAGGUGACGUGAAGCUCCUCAACGUCAUCACCGACCCCUUCACCAAGACAAUUAUUCAGUUGGAAAGGAAAGUACUUGAAGGAUGGUCGAACAACAACCCCUCGUACGACAACGUCUCCUCGCUGCUCAAACAUGGCUGCCUGAAGGACGUUAACAAGAGAAGCAUCCCCGGCUCUUGUGGCUACGUGUUUGAGGGCACCACCAUGAGCGAUACUGUGGUUGGCAUCAUUCUUCUGAUGGCAUCUCUGCUCGUUCUCUGUGUGGCUCUAGUCUUGAUCGUCAAGAUCCUGAGUUCCAUCAUGAAAGGACUCGGCUUGAUCACGGUUGACAGAUCCUAUCCUCUGACGCUGGGCUCCAACAUCGGCACCACCACCACAGCUUUACUUGCCGCCGUCGCUGGCACUGGGGCAGGCAUCAAGAAUUCUAUUCAGAUCGCUCUGGUGCACCUUUUCUUCAACAUCUUCGGGAUUAUCAUGUUCUACCCAAUUCCCUUCACGCGCCUCCCUAUUGUCCUUGCUAAAGGCCUGGGCAACAUCACGGCCAAGUAUCGAUGGUUCGCGGUCCUCUACCUCAUCUUCACCUUCUUCCUCAUGCCUGGAUUCGUAUUCGUGCUCUCGCUUGGUGGCAACAUCGUUCUCUACUGUGUAGGUAUUCCCAUCUUGGUGCUCAUCGCCACCAUCAUUCUGAUCAACAUCCUUCAGACCAAAGCACCGAAAUUCUUGCCUAACAAACUCCGUAGUUGGGUCUUCCUCCCUGCGCCUCUGCGAUCUCUAGAACCUUACGACAAAGUCAUGAGCAGGCUGCCGUGUUGCGCGUCCUGUCACAAUGACCAAGUUCCUCCGCCGAAUGUGGUCGUGGUUAAUCCCUCCUCUGACAUAACCUCUUACAAAAAUGAGAAUGGAGAAGUGCUCGUUGAGCCUCGAGCCUUCUUUCCCGUUGGUCCUAUUGGGACGAGUGAUAAACCUAACGGUAAUGCUCCCGAGAAACCAAUGACUCCUCAAUAUGACGGGAUCGUCAACCCAGGGAUUGACGUAGAAAGACUGUGAUAGGUCAUAGGACCAAAGAAAGUAUUUGUUUAAUUUUAACUCUCCCAUGAACGUUAAGGAAUUCAGUACCAUUAUUUUAAUAUGAUCAAUUUUUGAAGCUUAAUCUGGUUUGGUUGUUGCUAUGGCAAAGCCUUGCAAAUCCUUCCAUUUUGCUGUAUAACUGCAUUAUUUUUAUACAGCGUUAUUUUAGGUCUCUUGUACGCAAAUAAAAUAUUUUAUUAGGCUGAUUAUUUGUAUAUUUGUUUGGUGCUAGAAAGUAGCUAGUUUUAUUCGAAAACGAAGCAAAAAAAUCCUCACUAGAAAUGUCCGUCAUAAUUAUGGGCAGUAGCGACUUCUAACGACCAUUGAACAGCCAGCAUCGGGUUCUGUACUGCAGAAAAGAUAGUAAAAAGGUAUAUAAUAUGAUGUCUUCUCUUAUUCACAGUAUUACGCUCAAAAGUUGAUAAACGUGUGCCUUCCCAUCUCAAAGAAUAAAUACGGUCGUUACAUCCUUGCAGAUGCAGGUUAUUUCUGGUACAGACUAUUUGAAGUCGCAGGCUACCUUGUUCUUUAUUUACAGGGUUUUGACAUAAACGAUGUAAAAAAUUACUUGGCUUGACUGAAGAAGGAAUGCAAGACUAACUUUCUUAUGUAGGAUGUUGUCUGCCUCACCUUAUAUCCUUACUUAUGUCUUACUACUUUGUCCUACCCUGAUUUUUACAUAGUUUUGUGUCACACUGAAAGAUCAGUGUUCUCAACGUUUCUGCUUGUUUAUUGAUGCCUUAGUUAGUUGAUGAAGAAUUGAUCACGCCUCGACAAUUACAAUAAUUAUAUCGAAUAUGCUCUGUGACCAUAUCGAUAAUGUUAUUCGACUCCUACCACCAGAGCUACUCAUGUCAGAGUUACUUCCCCUAUUUUUUUAUAUAUUUUGAUGAAUGUACAAAUAAAAAUCCCGUCACUUCUGGAAAUGUUGAUCUGUUAUGUUUAUUUGGUAGAAUUAUUCAUUUUUUUUGUUUUCCUGCUUAGAAUUGUGCGCAAAUAUAACGUCAGAGGACGUGCAAGCAUCAUGCGUGCAGUAAUCAUUGAACAGUCUUCACUACCUCGGAAGUAAUGCCAAUCGAGACGACUAUGACAAGAAAUUUAUUCUAGGCUGUUCAUUAUCUUCAUUCUCGUUGCUGUUAUCUUCCAUUAUGAGACUGAAAAAGUCAACUAGAUUUUAAAGAUUUGUAUUUUGCUACUAAACCUAAGUGUUAAUAUGUGCCUUCUUAAAUGGAUAAAAUAAUAAA